GGACUUGUCUGAAAACGCCGGCAUCGUUUGGAGGAGCAACAUCACCAGCUUCGUUUGAACGGGCGAGAAAAGCCGUUACGCAGCUUCUGUCUGAACUCUUCGUGUUGUCUGUGUGUGUGCGGGUUACCAGACAAAAAGAGAGGAGCGCGCGCAGCAUCAUUACGCAGGAGCGUGUCCGCUUUAUUGCCGUUGCACAGCGACUAACUUAACUCCAAAAUGCGCGAAUGUAUUUCCGUGCACGUCGGCCAAGCCGGAGUUCAAAUUGGAAAUGCCUGCUGGGAACUGUACUGCCUGGAGCAUGGCAUCCAGCCAGACGGCCAAAUGCCUUCCGACAAAAUGCUCGGCGGUGGCGAUGACAGCUUUAACACCUUCUUCAGUGAGACCGGCGCUGGCAAGCACGUGCCCAGGGCCGUAUUCGUUGACCUCGAGCCAACCGUAGUCGAUGAGGUUCGAACUGGCACGUACCGACAACUCUUCCACCCGGAACAACUCAUUACGGGCAAAGAGGAUGCAGCCAAUAACUACGCCCGAGGUCACUAUACCAUCGGCAAAGAAAUUGUCGACCUGGUACUCGACCGUAUUCGCAAACUCGCCGACCAGUGCACGGGUCUUCAGGGCUUCCUUAUCUUCCAUUCGUUCGGCGGUGGUACCGGCUCGGGUUUCACAUCUCUUCUCAUGGAGCGACUUUCGGUCGACUACGGCAAAAAGUCCAAGCUCGAAUUUGCCAUUUAUCCAGCACCUCAAGUGUCCACGGCCGUAGUUGAGCCCUAUAAUUCCAUCCUUACGACCCACACCACCCUCGAGCACUCGGACUGCGCGUUCAUGGUCGACAACGAGGCCAUUUACGACAUUUGUCGACGUAAUUUGGAUAUCGAGAGACCGACCUACACGAACCUCAACAGACUGAUCGGGCAAAUUGUCUCCUCCAUCACAGCGUCGCUGCGUUUCGAUGGUGCCCUCAACGUCGACCUCACCGAAUUCCAAACGAAUCUCGUGCCCUAUCCUCGCAUCCAUUUCCCCCUGGUUACUUAUGCCCCGGUCAUUUCGGCCGAAAAGGCCUACCAUGAACAGCUGUCGGUGGCCGAGAUCACAAACGCCUGCUUUGAGCCGGCUAAUCAAAUGGUUAAGUGCGAUCCGAGACAUGGCAAGUAUAUGGCCUGUUGUAUGCUCUACCGCGGUGACGUCGUACCCAAGGAUGUCAAUGCCGCGAUCGCCACCAUUAAAACCAAACGCACUAUUCAAUUUGUCGAUUGGUGCCCCACCGGUUUCAAAGUCGGCAUCAAUUAUCAGCCACCUACCGUCGUUCCUGGUGGGGACUUGGCUAAGGUUCAACGCGCUGUUUGCAUGCUGUCGAAUACAACGGCCAUUGCCGAGGCUUGGGCCCGUCUUGACCACAAAUUCGAUCUGAUGUACGCGAAACGCGCCUUCGUUCACUGGUACGUGGGGGAGGGUAUGGAGGAGGGCGAGUUUUCUGAGGCCCGUGAGGAUUUGGCCGCCCUUGAGAAAGAUUACGAGGAGGUCGGCAUGGACUCGAUCGAGGGCGAGGGUGAAGGCGCUGAAGAGUAUUAAAUUUCCUUAAUUUUGUGAGGAAAAUGACUGCAAUAAUCGUUUGUUAGCGAGAAUUAAGAAUGGUUUUUUUUUUUAAUAC